CAACCAAGUUGCCAUUGCCAUGCGAGUAGAUAAGCUGCGAACUGCCUGAUAAUUAAACUAUCCCGAUCGACAUAAAAUGAACUUUAAAUAAAGCAGAACUAGUAACAAAUGGUUAUGUGCCCAACAGAAGUUCAUUUUCUGCACACCAUAAGCUGGCUUUAAAACAAAAUCUGCCGUUGCCAUAUCUAACCUGCACACUAGUAGUAUAAUACUAAUACUGGAGUACUUGGCAGGCAGGGCUACUACUGCAGAAGGGCAGACAUUCGGCUCCAAUCGAUACACAAAAGUAGACAAGGAUAUGCCGCGUCUUCCUUUUUGUUAACUCAAGACUCGUGGUGUGGAAAGCUUUACAGCUCAAGACUUUGUGUGCUUGUCUCUUAUCUUUUUUCCAACUGCAUACCGGCCAAGAGAAGAGAGCCAGGAGAAAUGCCAAACUGGAAGUUACUACUCCUACUACUAUAGAGUGGAUUGGAAUUGGAUUCCUCUCUUUACAGAUCAAGAUUUCAAUCUUUGAGGGAAGACGAUGCUUCUUUACAUGGUAAUACCUGUCUUGAGGUGGUAUGGAAUCAUCAAUCAUGUGUGCUUUCACAAUCCUAAAGAUUUGAGCUUUCUGGACAAACUAGCUGUCUAGCCCCAUCUCCACACUCCAUAGAAACAAGAGGUUCGAGCUCUUCCAAAAAUUUAGAUCGGGACAGAAAUGGAGCCAUGGGCCAUUAGAGUGGCCUACUUCAUAGUGUUCUCCUUUCUUGUCACUGCAAGAUUUGGGUCCUGUGCUCCCCACAGUGAAGAAGGGAGAGCUCUUCCGGGUUAUAGAGAGAGUGAGCAAGACCAAUCAAUUGGCUCUUUGUCAAAUUGGGGAGAAGGGAAGCUCAUUGGCAGAGUGUUCAACUUAUUACUCAAAGAGAACAUGUUUGCCAGUGAAACACCAUCUGAAUCGAAAGAGCAUAGCUCAAUUUCAGAGUCUGUACCUCAUGACAGUGCAGGAUUUGAACCAUGCAGAAAAUGUUUAGCAAAAACUGUUCACAAUGCCACACCAAGGCGACUUCUGCAAGCCAGGGAGCUGGCUUCUAAUCAAACACAAACACACCCCAAAAGCCAAUCAUCUCCAGUUCAAUCAUCAGCAUCACACCUGGUACCUCGUUGGGCUAUUUACGCAUUGCCUGUUGCUGGAGUCCUUUUCAUUGCAGCAGUAGCUACUGCCAUAUAUGUAUUCUUCUCCCGUAGAAAGAAGGAUAAUACUGUCAUGCCAUGGGCUACAGGGCUGAGUGGACAGCUAAAGAAGGCAUUUGUAACAGGUGUGCCUUCUCUUGAGAGGACAGAACUGGAGGCGGCAUGCGAGGGUUUCAUCAAUGUGAUCGGCACUUUACCUGAAUGCACAUUGUAUAAGGGAACUCUGUCAAGUGGAGUUGAAAUAGCUGUUCUGUCCACUUCAGUUAACUCUUCACAACAAUGGUCAGCUCAGUCUGAGGAGCAAUUCAGGAACAAGAUCUCGGUGCUGUCCAGAGUGAACCAUAAGAACUUCAUGAACCUGAUUGGUUACUGCGCAUGCGAGGAGCCAUUCACCAGGAUGAUGGUGUUCGAGUAUGCUCCAUGUGGUUCCCUCUUUGAGCAUUUGCAUAUCAGAGAAGCAGAACAUCUGGACUGGAAAACACGGCUACGAAUCAUAAUGGGAGUAGCCUACUGCCUGGAGCACAUGAGCCAGCUAGAUCCUCCUCCUCUUCUCCCAACAAAUUUGAGCUCAUCAUCCAUCUAUCUCACCGAGGACAACGCAGCCAAGAUCGCCGACAUCGAAUUCUGGAAGGAUGACAUCAACAAGCAGGACGACCAAGAAAGCGUGGUGUACAAGUUCGGGAUACUGGUUCUGGAGGUGAUCUCCGGGCGGCGGCCAUUCUCCGAGGACGACCGGCUCCUGGUGCUGUGGGCGUCCAGCUACCUGGACGGCAAGAGGCCACUCAGCGCCAUGGCUGACCGGACGCUGGUGAGGUCGUCGUCUGCCGCGCCGGAGAAAGAUGUGGCGGCGCUGUGCGACGUGGUGCGGCAGUGCGUGAGGAGGCCGGAGGCGGGGAAGAGAGCGAUAAGCAUGGGCGAGGUGGCGAGGCUGGUGAGGGGCAUCGCCGGGUUGUCGCCGGAGCAGGCGGCGCCGAGGGAGAAGCCCCUGUGGUGGGCGGAGCUUGAGAUCGCCUCCUCCGAAACCGCCUGAAAUUCAGUUGAGGCCCCAAAAUCAGUUAGUUUCAGAGUACAUAUGCGUUUGAAAGCCUGAAACUGAAAUUCAGUGUGUUUUCUCUUCUUUCUGGUAUCAUACACCCUCCGUCAAAUAAAAAACCAACAUAGUACACAUCAUAAUACAACGAAACUAAACAUAUUUGGAUAUGACAUAUUAUAGUAUAACGAAUCUGGAAUAUCUCUGUCUAGAUUUAUUGUACUAGAAUACGUCACAUCUAGUGCUAGAUUUAUUUUUUUGGACGGAGGGUGUAGUAGGAAAUUAGGAAUACUCUGCAACAUAUUUUCAUUUUUUUUUCUUUGCAGAAAUGAGUUUGCAGGUUUGUAAAGGUGAGAAAAAAAGGAAAUAAAUACUAGCAUUUAACCGAUAUGUAAUCUUAUCUUUGUGUUGUGUGUAUUUGAAGUACUAUAUACUACCUCCAACCAUAUAUGUAUGACGCUGGCUAGUAUAAAUUUGAACUAGCCAACAUCUUGUAAAAGAAACUGGAGGGAGUAACUUAUUAGUACCAAUAAGCAUGUUAGUGAAGUUAUUUAAGUAGAUAAUGACACAAUGUAAACGUAAUUUCAGAUUAUGAUUUAGAGCAUGCA